CGAUCAUGAAGGACCCUGCUUUGUACACUCGACUCUCAAAGCGAGCGGAGAGGAGGAUGGAGCCCUUGUUUGUGUAGCCUAGGCCUGCUUGUGUACCCAUGAACAGCACAGGAAUGACUCUGUAGAAAACAACAGUCAGGAGGCGGAAGGAAGCCUCGUCCCCUGGACGUCCCACAUUCCUCGGAUGGGACAAAGAGGUUCUUCGUCGUCAUUGUGUUUGUGUGGAUGCUGUAAGUAAGCAUCGUCGCUUAGUAAAAAAAAAAAAAAGAUUCCCUGCCUCGUGGCAAGGUUCAUCACCCAACCCUGCCCUAACCUAGACUAUCGUUCGUCAUGGGCUCGAUCCAUCAUCGACGACCACCUCUCCCCGUCCUCCUCCGCUCUCCCAUCCCAUCGAGAGAAGAAAGAUACAUUGCUUCCUUGGAAUGUGUACCCUUUCCAGAGGAAUUCCCGUGAAAUUCUUGCACCCCAUCCACCUCCCUCGAUCACCUCCGUUCCCUUGCUCGAUCGACUCUUCCACGGCCAUUCUCUCUCUCCCUAUUCCGCAGGGGUGCUCCUCCUCGGGAGAGGGGGGAGGGAAGUCUCUUGUCUCUUUACACCGAGGUUUUUUAAAUAAGCAACUUGCCACAGUACACAAUGUACGUACGAGGCAGGGCACACGUUCCUCACGCACAUACACACACAUAAAAAAAGACACCAGCACAGCACCACAAAACAUACCCUUUUUAUGUUUUGCUCUCCUCUCCUCUUUUCUCCUUCGGUGUCACACGGGGCGCCGCCGCCAGGGACCCAUGUCUCAAUCGGACCAAGAGCGUGCCUGCUCUUCAGGAUCCAGAUUACCCUCAUCUCCCCUCCUCGGGACAUCACGUCAAUGCACUGUAUGCACAGACAUACCUUUCUUACUUUUUUUCUUUUUGUCUCUUCUUUCUUUCUUUGUAUGCGUGGAUGUAUGUAUGUGUGUGUGUAGUCUAUGAAUGAAUACGUCUAUAAAAAUAUACAUACCAACCAUGAUAUACCGAACUUAAAUGUUUACAUAUACACACACACCCCUUGCGCGAAACCCAUCGGAAUGUUACA